UCAGCUCAUGUGACAAAGAAAGUGAAAACAGGAACAAAAUGGCUGCAACUGGAGACGAAGCUGCAGCCAUGGACAGCAUCUCCAGAGCACCGGCGGCCCAUCCAGCGGCCCUGAUCCCGGCUGGAGCCUCCAGCGCGCCGGGAGAAGGAGCGGCGGAGGUGUCGGAGAGCCCGGCGGCCGCUCCCAAAAAGACAAGCACGAACAGUGAUGGAGGUGUGGAGACAGCUGAGGAGGCUGUGGAGCCUGCAGAGCCUGACAUCAACGAGCUGUGCACCGACAUGUUUGAAAAGAUGGCCAUCUUCCUGCAAGGAGAACUCACAGGUACAUGUGAGGAUUAUCGUCUGUUAGAGAACAUGAACAAGCUGACGAGUCUGAAGUACAUGGAGAUGAAGGACAUCAGCAUCAACAUCAGCCGGAACCUGCAGGACCUCAACAACAAGUAUGCGAGCCUGCAGCCCUACCUGGACCAGAUCAAUCAGAUCGAGGAGCAGGUGUCUUCACUUGAACAGGCUGCUUACAAACUGGACGCCUACUCAAAGAAACUGGAGGCCAGAUUUAAAAAACUGGAGAAGCGAUGAUGAUGAUGAGGAGGAGGAGGACAAUGACGAAGAGGAACAGAGAGAGAAAGAAUUAUUUUGCCUUCUGUGAAUGGAGCCGGGAGCUGUGGAGAGGAAGUGAACUGAGACUGAAACAACAAACAGUCCAACCACUUUGACACUUUGAAACAAGCGAGGCGGAAACAGCUGAAGGAAAAUGAAUUUGUCCUGAAAUGAUUGGCUCACGUUUAACUGCAGGAAUACUGAUGUUGGACGCAGUCGGCAGCCAAGACGGAGGAGAAAGCUCAGUGUUUAUAGACAUGCUCUUCCACGUUUUGUUGAAUAAUAGACAACAUACCUUGAUAAAAAUAAUUCAUAUGUGGGAAUCAUGGUAUGAACUUACUUCUUAACUGAAAGAAAUGAUAUAAUAGUAGAGUAAAACAGCACUUGUCGAUAUCUACAUGAUGAAGCAUGAUAGAUGUAUUUUAAAUAAUGUCCCAGCUUUCUUAUUCUGAUCAUUUUACGUAACCAAAUGCUUCAAAGCGUUGCUGUGGUCCACUUACUCACUCAUGCCGAUUGACCGGAACCGUAAUGGGCAUGUGCUUAAGGUCUCUUUAUCGGUUUACACAGAGAUGGCGUCCAAAAGUUUGACCUCUGGAAUCUUCUCUUUUGAAAACCUUCUGUUUCCAGCACUCAACACUGUUGUGUUAACGAACAGCCAAAGAAAAGAGUUCUCCUUUUUUUAAUAUAUUGUUGUCGUGUUAACAGGGCCUUACUUCCCAGACUAAAGUAGAAAUGAAUCAGAAGAGCUGUCAGUGUUAGAGCAGGUAUCACACCUGGGCCACUCUUCCUUCCUCUACCUGUUUGUGCGUGUGCUGACUCAAUGGGGAACUAUGUGUGGCUGGUUCUGCUAACUUUCAGGCGCUUGUAUUUUAUUUUUGAGAAUUGGAGAAAUUGAAAUCAAUGCUGAGAAAUCUCAUCCCUUGAUCAUAUUUUUUGCUCUGUGGUUUUCUCACUGUAUGGCUGCUCCAGCCUGUCAACAUGAGCACCCAAAAGGCAGGUGGUUCUACGAGCAUUAUGGCCCCCCCCUCUCAUCUGAGGUCCCUGUAUACUCUGUGCCUUGUUUUCCACCCAGUCUGACACCCCUGACUGGCAGUGUGACCAAGGCAGGGGAGAAAUUAAAUUGGAAAAGGAAGAUAUAUAUAUAUAUAUAUAUAUAUUUUGCCUAAAGUCUCAAAACGUUAACUUUGUAAAAAAAAAAAUUGUUUGACUCUUUCACCCCUCGAGUUGGCACUGAAACCCAAAGGACAAAUUUAUUCUGAAAAAGAUUCCCUUCUCUUAAUUUGAUUACCUAUUUCUAGCACUUGUGAUUUUCAUUACAACAGGUAUUAUUAUAGACAUUUUAAUUUUAGAGUUUACCAUGAGAAGAAGACUGGAGAGCAACAGAAAGUCACACUUUCUCCAAAGAGCGAGCUCAAGGUUUGCAGUGAAAGAAAUUUGAUAUGAAGUAUUUUUUAUGUAUGUCUGUAGACACUAACACAUAAAACUGGAUUUUGUUUAUUUCUCAAUAAAUUAUGACAUGCA